AUGGGAAAUUGGACAGUCAAUUAUAUUUCACCCAAUGGCACGGAUGACAUGUCCUCAGAGGCCAACAUUUAUCAAUUUGACUGUCAGAAAAAAGUCAUCCAUUCUUUAAUCAUUUUAAUUUGCAUUCUAGGAAUUAUUGGAAAUGGAAUUGUCAUCCGCAUUUUGCAUUUUCAAAUUAAGAGGACUCCUUUCAUCAUCUAUAUCCUCAAUUUGGUUGUGGCGGACAGCGGGACUCUCGUAUUCCUAUUUAUCUCAGCAAUUUGGCACAUAACUAUGGACAAUUCCAACCUAGAAAUCAUAGAAUGUUUAGUAGGAACUUUCUGCACGGGUCAAUUUCUUCUGACAAUCAUCAGCAUUGACCGGUGUUUGGCUGUCUUCUUCCCAAUUUGGCAUCGAUGUCAUCAGCCUCCAUACCUCUCCACCAUUCUCUGUGCCGUUGCGUGGAUUGUCUCUUUUUCAGUCUGCGCAAUUCAUUACACUCUGAUUUUGGUCAAAGGCUCUCGAAACAUGCGCCAUUUCUACCACCUGUUUAUAUAUACUAUCAUUUGCGUCCCACUCAUGGUGGUCUCCAGCCUGGCCCUCUUCCUCAAAGGGUACCUUAAAUCUCGAAUGAAGAGGCGAGGAAAGCUUCUCAAAGCCAUCUUGCUGGCCCUGCUUUUCUUCCUCAUCUUUUCAUUGCCAACAACCAUCAUUUAUCUCAUCAACCUGAUUUCCAAUGAAAAGUAUUUCAAUUUAUUUCAGUAUGGCUACUUAUGUGCCUGUCUAAACAGUAGCGUUAACCCACUGAUCUAUUUUUUGCUGGGGAGAAAGAAGGAACAUCAUUCUAUGUACAACCUAAACAUUAGCCUCCAGAGAGUCUUCAAGGAAGAAGAAGAAGAAGAGAGUGACAAGCAACCAAAGAUCCAGGUUGAUAUCCAUUUAUGA